CCUUCGUUUGACUAUAACAGCACAUGAGAACGAUUGAUGUCCCCUCUAUAAUGCGUUUCCGAUUCUUCUCACACAAAACAGAGCAAGUCUGAAACAGAGAAGAAACAACAAUGGCAACACUGAGAGUCCCUCAAACUCCUCCCCCCGUCGCCGAUGACUGUGAGCAGCUCCGAAAAGCCUUCUCAGGAUGGGGAACUAAUGAGGAUCUGAUCAUAUCAAUCUUGGGUCAUAGGAAUGCUGCUCAGAGGAAGCUGAUCAGGGAAACUUAUGCUGAGACUUAUGGAGAAGAUCUCCUCAAGGCCUUGGACAAAGAGUUGACCAGUGACUUUGAGAGGCUGGUUCACCUUUGGGCACUUGAUUCCGCUGAACGUGAUGCAUUUUUGGCAAAUGAAGCAACUAAAAGAUGGACUUCAAGCAAUCAGGUGCUGGUUGAAAUAGCUUGCACUAGGUCCUCUGAACAAAUGUUUGCUGUGAGAAAGGCUUAUCAUGCUCUUUAUAAGAAGUCUCUUGAGGAGGAUGUUGCUCAUCAUACAACAGGGGACUUCCGGAAGCUCCUCCUACCUCUCAUGAGUUCUUACCGAUAUGAAGGAGAUGAGGUCAACUUGACUCUGGCAAAAUCUGAGGCAAAAUUACUGCACGAGAAGAUUACAGAUAAGGCUUAUAAUGAUGACGACCUCAUCAGGAUUUUGGCUACAAGGAGCAGAGCCCAGAUUAAUGCUACUUUGAAUCACUACAAAGAUGCAUUUGGAAAAGAUAUCAACAAGGACCUCAAAGCUGAACCGAAGGAUGAGUACCUGUCUUUACUGAGAGCCACUGUCAAGUGCUUGGUCCGUCCUGAGAAGUACUUUGAGAAGUUUAUUCGUUUGUCUAUCAACAAGCGAGGAACAGAUGAAGGAGCCCUUACAAGAGUGGUUGCCACGAGGGCGGAGAUUGAUUUGAAAAUCAUUGCAAAUGAGUAUCAAAGGAGGAGCAGUAUCCCUCUUGAUCGCGCCAUCAUCAAAGACACCAACGGGGACUAUGAGAAAAUGCUUUUGGCACUCUUAGGACAUGAAGAUGCUUAAGAUAUUCGUAUCUCAACAUCCUUUGUGUGUGAGGUUUUUUUUUAAAGCUGUGUGUGAGGUUGUGCUUAUUGCAGAGGUACUAUAUAUUGCUGCUUUGGUUACAUGUUGCUGUUUUUUCGGCUGUGGUUAUCCUCCUAUGUUAAAUAAAUUGCCGAUAUUAGCACAUUUGCGUGGUAUAUUGAAUCUUAAGAAUUGAUUGAGUGCCAAGUCUGUCCUUUUGUUUCA